AUGAGCACACCAUACUACGUCCCACCGGCUCCAAACCAUCCCUACGAACCAGACUGUAUCACCCUGUCCCACCUCACCGACCCUUUAUCCGAAAAGUUCCCUGACACCGAUUGCUCCUCGACCGUUUGGAUAAUAACAUAUGGUUCAGACAAGAAAGGGGCGAAUAUUUGGAAGCUCUGCUGGCAAAUUCAUCUAUAUUCCUGCAUGGAGACCAAGUAUGGUACUGCCGAGCUGCUCAAGCCCUCGGAAGAGGACGACCAAUACGAAAUGCCCUUAACCUAUCACGGCGCUAAGACGCACUCCCUCGUCGAGAACACUAUAUCCGGUCUUACACGGGAAUACGUUUAUGCUAGUGUUGGGGAAACGAGUUUGCAGGAAAGGAAAAAGCUGGAGGAGUUUGCGGAGGAGGAAGCGUUUAGUAAAGGGUCGGGAAAUGGGUUGAGCCCGCAAGCAUUCAUCGUAGGUGUGCUCUAUCGGGCACUGCAAGCACACAUUCUAGCUCCAGAGGACGUGAUGCUGAUCCUUUACUCUCUGUUCAGUAGACUUUUAUCCGGCCGGGUGUCAGAAGACACGUUCGACACAGUAAAGGCACCCACCGACGACGACACACCUUGUAGCAUCACAUCCGACAUUUGA